AUGAGCAUCCCAGUGGUGGACUUCGGCGCCUACAGCCUCAGUGAGAAAGAUGUCACUGACGAACAGAUGCGCAAGUUGAGCAAAGAGUUGAAAACAGCUUUUACAGAAGUGGGUUUUGUUUUUCUGCUGAACACUGGGAUCACUCCGGAGGAGGUGGAUCGUGUUAUGGACAUAUCCAAGAAAUUCUUCCUGCAGCCAGAUGAGCUGAAGCGACCGUUCAGCAGGACAACCUUUGCCAACAAUCCGAAUCACGGCUGGCUGUCAAUGGAGGCUGAGAGGUUGAAUCCACGCCGGCCUGGAGACCUGAAGGAGUCCUUCAACACUGCUUCACUUCACCCCGCCAUAAAAUGGCCCUCAGGUGCUUUAUCAGACUUUCAGGACAUCCAGACGUCUUUCUUCCGGCGCUGUACAGAGCUGAGUCUGCGGCUGCUGAGGGUGAUAGCCCACAGUCUGGAUCUGGACCCCGAGGUGUUUCUGAGUGCACACCGUUUAAUAGGAACUGAUGAGAAUGCCACGACGCUGCGGUCUCUGUACUACCCACCAAUAAACAGUGAGAAAGUGAAGGAGGGCCAGGUGCGAUGUGGAGAGCAUUCGGACUACGGCACCAUCACCCUGUUGUUUCAGAGCUCUGAAGGUCUUCAGGUGCGUGCACGCUCAGGUGAAUUCAUCUGCGCUCCCAUCGUCCCCGGGGCAGUCCUCAUCAAUAUUGCUGACCUGUUGCAGCGUUGGACCAGCGAUCAGUUUAUCUCUGUGCUCCACAGAGUCCUGCUGCCCCCUGCUGGAGACUCCCACACACGUCAGUCUCUGGCUUUCUUCGUGCAGCCAGAUGAUGAAGCUCUGAUCACCUGCUGUGAUGGCUCCAACAAAUACCCUCCAGUUACAGCAGGCGCAUAUAUCAUCGAACGCUUCAGUCACACGUACUGACAGAGCUGUUGUGCCAUCAGUUGA